GCUCAGCCGCCGCGCCGCCCGGCCGCUCCUCCUUCCUCCCGGGGCCACCGCGGCGAUGUUCAACCGCGCCGUGAGCAGGCUCAGCAGGAAGCGGCCGCCGUCAGGGAAGAGGAGAGAGGAACUAACAUUUGUUGAGAGUCCGCUGUGAGCUUCUAAAUGCCUGAUGUGCUUCCCCUUUAGUCCUUUGGAUAACCAGAGAGACAUCCACAGCGGCGAUGGGAGUUCCAGCAGCAGCCACCAGAGCCCCAAGAGCACAGACAAAUGGGCCGCCUCCCUGGAGAAUCUGCUUGAAGACCCAGAAGGCGUGAAAAGAUUUAGGGAAUUUUUAAAAAAGGAAUUCAGUGAAGAAAAUGUUUUAUUUUGGCUAGCAUGUGAAGAUUUUAAGAAAACACAGGAUAAGAAGCAGAUGCAGGAAAAGGCAAAAGAGAUCUACAUGACCUUUCUGUCCAGUAAGGCCUCGUCACAAGUCAACGUCGAGGGGCAGUCCCGGCUCAAUGAGAAGAUACUGGAAGAACCGCACCCAUUAAUGUUCCAGAAACUGCAGGACCAGAUCUUCAACCUCAUGAAGUACGACAGCUACAGCCGCUUCUUGAAGUCUGACUUGUUUUUAAAACACAAGCGAACCGAGGAAGAGGAAGAAGAUCCCCCCGAUGCCCAAACUGCAGCGAAAAGGGCUUCGAGAAUUUAUAACACAUGAGCCGCCCAAGAGCUGGCAGGACUGGCGGCUGUCAGAGGCAAAGGGACUCACUCUCAGGACCAUGCAGGGUUUCUCAUUGCUUUGUUAUCUGUAAGGACUGAAAUGUAAAAAAACCCUCCCUCCAAUGGGAUAUGUGUAUUUUAUUAACUGCUUGACCUGUAAGUUUUGCAUGAUGGCUAAUCUUACAUAAAACAACAAAUAGCUUUGAGGUUUUAGUUCACAAACACACACACACACACACACACACACACACACACACAAGCAGAAGAGUCCUUAAACACUGGAUACUUUGAGCAUUUUGUAGCCUGAUUAAACAUCCUGUGAGGCCACCAGGUGAAACUUAGAGCCACCUGUUGCCUUUAAGUCUUUGCCCGGCCUCUGCGGGAAGGGGUCAUGCAUGUCCACCGAUUCACUUGGCAAAUCAGCUCAAGAAUGACUUGUCAAACCCAGGUCCCUGGGGGUGUCAUCUGUCAGGCACCUUUUUGGAUUAAGGACCUGUCGAGAGUAAGUUCCGACCUGGGAAAGGAAAAGUCCUCACCGACAGCCUCUACAGAUUUGGGGAGCUGUGUGUGAGCAUCAUCAGAGGGUUCUUAUUUUCUGGUGUGUGGGUUUGUCCUGGUUUUGCCUACCGUCUGUGACAUUUCAUGCAGCACAGAUAAAUAGUUCACCUUGACAGAAACAGGAUCUCAACCAGGAAGAAAGAAGGACACAUGUGAAAUUGUUCAGGGUCCCCCGUGACAACGCAAGGCGGUGUUGGACGAGCUCGUGGCACAUGGCCCGUGCCGAUGACGGAGCUGGUGGGAUGAUUCGUUCCCCCAUAGCCCAUCUGGGGACACAUUGGAACCCUUUCUUCUCUGUCCUACCCUUUACUGGACUUGUUAACUCUGGGCUUGACGCUUCAAUGAGGGGAAAGAAAUGGUCUUUGAAAAGUUU